CAAGCGGUCAAGCAAAAAUUUAAAUUACUUGUGUAUUAUUUUUGUGUGUUGUGUUAUGUGAACAAAAAUAAAACAGAAUUGUACAUUGAAAACAAAAUAAUAGAAAAACAUGAACGAAGAACCGGUUUAUAGUCUUUUGCAAGCCGUAGAUCCUUCAAAGAUCAAAGUUCCUAUCAGCGAGCGUUUCUCCAAACUCACAUUGUCUUCCAACAAAAAGCAUAAAAAAGCACAACAGGAUCGCGAGGAGGAGGACGGGGACAAUCAAGAAAAUUUACCUUCUGCUGAUCAGGGAAAACGUCAAAGUGCCAGUCGCAAUUUAUUGGAACAAUUGUCGCAGGAAAUGGCUGAUUUAUUGCCCCAUAGAAAUCCUUUGCUGCGCAGUGAUUCUUCGAAUGAACAAAGCGAUGAACAAAAUGACACCCGUUUGCCAGAGAUAUAUGAGACCAUGGAUCCUUUGAAUGUUACUGAAGACGAAUCCGAUUUAGAUGAGAAUAGUCCAGAGGCAUUGCCCAACUUGGAUGUGGAUGCUUUAUCACAAAAAAUAUCUGCUUUAGAUAUAGUAGCUCAGCCCAUAUCAUUGUCUUCCUCAUGUUCCAGUUCUGUGGUCAACAUUAAUGAAGUGACCCAAUUGGUGUCCACUGAAAGUCAGCGUUCUAGUAUGGGGGAGGUUAAAGCUUUCAAAACUAUCGUUGAGCUGCCGGUCAAAAAGGUUUUCAAAAAGGAAGUCAUUUCCAUAACACCAAAUUCCAAAAUAAAACAUUGUGAGGCGAGAAAUGAUUAUGAAAUGACCGAAGAUGAAGAUGAGGGCGACGAAAACGAUUCGGAUGAGGUUAUAACAAUUUCGGAUAGCUCUGUGAGUGGUGGAGCAACAGAAAAUCAAUCACAGGCUGAGGAUCCCUCACAAAUGGCCAUGUCCACUAUGCACAACAUCAAGGGAACUUUGGCUGCCCUAAGUCCAGACAAACAGGAACGUCUGGCGGCAUUUUUAAAAGAUGUCUCCAUUGAGCAAAGAAACCUUUUGGAAAAUGGUCGCAUUAGCUUGGAUGAUUUUGAGGAAAUUGAUAUAUUGGUAAAGGCUCGCAGAAUUGCCACAGCAGACACCGAGUCUGUAACACCCGAGGGGGAUGAUGAAGAAGAAGAUAUGGCGAUUAAAUCACUAAGAGAGCGCCAAGAGAGAUUAAAGGCCCUCACGAACAGUACAGAGGACAAAGUGAGAAAUGAUAAUUCCAAAUGUAUGGCCUCUGUUGAAACUCAAGACAAUUGCUCAAUGGAGGAUUUAAAAAUGAGUCCAAGUCAGCAGAAAUUUGGGACUAGGGAGGACAAUGAAAAAACCCCUCAAAAUAAUAGGGCGCAAAGAAUGGCCAGUGCCGAAACUCAAAAUAAUUCCGAAAUAUAUGACAAUCUGGAGACGACCACCAAUUCAACAGAGCAUGAUAUGGCUGAUAAAAAUAUAAAGCAAAUGGCUCGAAGAAUGGCCAGUGCUGAGACGGAAGAAAAUACCAUAGUGACUGAAAUCAAUGCUACCAAACUAACCGAAGAAACAUCUCCUAUGACACCAAAAAAUUACGAUGAAACUCCUCGCAAUCAGUUACGAAGAUUGGCCAGUGCUGAGACCGAAGAAAAUACCAUGAUGACGGAAAUGAAUUUCGAAAACUCCUUUAAUACUCCCAAGAAUGGAAGAGGCAAUACUCCUCAAUCGGUUAUACGAAAAAUGGCCUGUGCUGAAACCGAAGACAAUACCCUAGUAAAGGAAAUGGGACUUUCGGAAAGGCCCUCAGAUAGUGAUUUGCAUAAAACUCCAGCAAAGAAUGAUGGAAAAAAGAGUCUGCUUGAAUCUCCAGGAACUUCGAAGCGAAUAGCUCAAUACGAUACAGAAAUUAACACCUGCUUAACGGCGACAACCACUUCCGACUCUAGAAAAGGCCUGCCCAACCUGGCCAAUGAUGAAACCCAACUAAAUACUCCUGAAUCGACACUGCCUAGUCCUGAUCUAAAGCACAGACAAAUGAACAUAGCUGAAGCUGACACCGAGAACAAUGACUCAAUCGUUGUACUUUCCAGUCCGGAGAUGGUUAAUCCCAGAAGAAGAUUGGAAACCUCUUAUGACUCGAACAGCUCAGUGUAUAGUUCCUCUAGAAAUAAUAACUCAGCACCAGAGCAUUCAAUAACCAUAUUGGAAACUGAAGAUGAGGAGGAGGAGGAGGAUAGGGAGAAUAGAGAACCCAAAAGUUCCCCUCAGUCUAAUGAUAAUAAUAAACUCUCCAAUAGCUUUCACAAUGAUGAAAAGAGCGGCGAUUCCGAUGAUGAGAGCAGUGAUUUGGAUGAGCAAAUAUCUCAAAUUCAGUUGUCCAUGGCCAAUAUAAAUAUAUCGGCCAAAAUUAAUAUAAAAAUCCAUAUAACCGAUUCUACGGAGACCAGUGAAGAUGGAGAUUCAUCGGAUCGUCAACACCCUCGACGUAUGACCAUUGAAUCUGCACCCCAGGAACAAGACAAUUUAUCCAAAGAUUCAUCUGAUCACCAACAAUCUGCACUCGAAGUAGAAGAAGGUAGACUUCAAGUCAAUGCAAAAACUCCUAAAGGCAAUAACAGAAAAAAUACUACAUCACAGCCACAAGGUGAACAUUCGCCUUCAGCUGAAGUGUCAAAUGAUGGCAUUUCAUCAAAUGACAACCGCACACCUAAAUUAACAAAUUUUGCCAAGGGAAAAGUGGUCAAGAAUGCUCCCAGUCCUUCGCCCACCAAAUCCGGUGCAAUUGUCGAAGAGGAUGAUGGUGUCCAAUUUGCUUUGGCCCAGAAACUUUUGAAUCAAAUCUAUGGCAAUUCAUGGCAAACACCUGAUGUUAUACGCACUUUAAAGAGAACUUCAGGCAGUGGCGAGAAAAGCCCAACUAAGAUUAGAGAUUCAUCAAAGAAAUCGCAAACUCAAAGCAAACCGAAGGACAAUGCCACGAAAGGAGAUACAAUUCUAAGCACGGCCACCAGUGUGACCGAGGAAAGUGUUUUGGGAGAUUUUAGCAUGUUUCGUAGAAAUAUUGUCAAAACAAAUUUGGACUCGACACGAUUGGUGACACCAAAACCCAAAUCCCAAAAGGAUUCGAAUAAUCUCAAGUCCCAUUGCUAUACCGAACCAAGAAGGAAUAAUACAAACCAACAGAAAAUGUCAUCACAAUUGGUGCCAUCGCCAGAUUUUAAAGCACCACAAACAGAGGUGCGUCGCCAGAAAGCUGCGAGAACUCCAGCUGUAACUAAGAUUUCGGCCAAUCAAAUACGAUCGCAAAAUGAACGUUGGCGCCAACUAAUUGAUGACAGUGAUUCCGACUCGGAGGGUAAUAAUGCUUCCGAUGAUGAAGAUGCUGAUAAAUCGGAUGAUGACGAAUCUUGGAAAGCCUCAGAUGAGGAGAACAGAACAGAUACAGAGGUCAGCGAUUUGGAAGUUUCACCCGAAAGGCCAAAGGAAAAAGCCCAGAAAAUCAUACAAGCCAAAACAUCAUCCUCUAAAAGGUCAACAUUGUCCAAGAAAAAAACUCAAAAAUGUAAGACAACAACACCCCAUGAUACAAAAGACGAUGAUGAGCAUGAUGAUGAUGAUGAUGAUGACGAUGCUGAUAAAUCUGAUGAGUCCUGGAAAAAAGACUAUGAUACCGAUGAUGAUAGUGAUUUUGAGAUUCAAAAGCCCAAACGCAAGCCAAACACCAAUAAUAGAACCAAAACCAGCAGCAGGCAAGCUUUUUCCAAACUGGACCGUUCUCAAGAUGACAUUGUCUACUUGGAUCUGUCCAAAGAAGAAGUUUCCAUUUUGGAGAAUAUGCCCGCAAGUCCUCCAGCCAAUCAUGAUGAAACCUUUGCCUCCCACUUGAAUGAUAUCUUAAAGACUUGUCGCCACGAGCCUAAACCCAAGUUGCCCUCAUCGGCGCAGUCCACAAAAACCAAACGUAAGCUCUUCACUCCUAUGUUUGGCCACGAUUUGGAGGGCGAUGAUGUGGCUUUAAUUGAUCUUGUGGAAAAAGAGAAUAAGAAAAUCUUGGCCAAGGAGAGGGAGAGUAUUAUACAAGAUAAUGCCAGUUGUCCGUUCGAUGCCCAGGGCAGGCCGAAAAAACUGGAAAUUAUCAAUAAACACCUGGAUGCGGUAAAGACAGGAAAGCCCAUAUUUCAAUUGACUCCACCACCCAAGAAGCCGCAAAGUCCUUUGACUCCACAAAAUGAAGCGAGAACAAGUCGGACACCGAAAUCUAAAACGGAGAGUAAACCAAAGGCAUAUACUCCCACAAGCCGCAAAGGUGAACCCAUACGCUUGGAGGAUAUAACCUCAACGCCCAAUUACAAAUACAGUUUUCUCAAGUCUUUAGAUGUUACUGUAAGCAAAGCCUUUUGCCAUCCCGAUGCUCUUUACUAUCGUGACAAUUAUCGCACCAAAAAGGAAGAUCUCGCCAACAUACUCUAUGAGUUAUACAAUCAGAAACUUUUUAACAAUAGACUAAAUGUGCCUUUGACCUGGAACAAGAAACUCUCAAACACUGCCGGCAGAUGUUUGAAUAAGAAGAAGCUGGGGAUAAGAUCCAGUGUCAUAGAGUUGAGUGAAAAGGUCUUGACCAGUGGCGAUCGUUUGCGUUGCACCCUCAUUCAUGAGUUGUGUCAUGCGGCAACUUGGAUUUUUCAAGGUGAAGGUGGCCAUGGACGCACUUGGAAGGAAUGGGCCUCUCGAGCGAAUUCAAUCUUCCCUGAAAUACCCAAAAUUGGUGUUUGCCAUCAAUACGAAAUAGAAUACAAAUAUACCUACAAAUGUACUCUGUGUGAUGCCAAAUCCUAUGCCCAUUCAAAAUCCAAAAAAGUUGAAAAUAUACGCUGCUCCUACUGCCAUGGAGCCAUCGAAAUAUUCCUUAACAAAAAAGACAAAGAAGGCAAUAUUAUACCCACACCCGUCAAAGAGCCUACAGGAUUUGCCAAAUUCGUCAAGGAUAAUUAUAAGAAACACAAACGGGAUGAUCUAAAACAUGCGGAUGUCAUGAAAAUAUUGAGCAAUGAAUUUGCCACAUUAAAAGUUGCGGGCAAAUGAAACACAAGAAACACUUUAAGGAGAGAUUUUUUUGACUUUAAUGUGCAUUUAUAUUUGUAGUUGUAUAGAUUUUUUUUUUGUAAUAGUUGAUCUAUUUGGGAUUUUCGUUUAAAAAACUACUGUGGUUCAAACUACUUUUUUUUUUUUUUACUAAUAUUAAGUUUGUUUUUAAUAAAAACUG